AAGUUAGGAGACUAAGUUGACAUUUGAAAUGCACACUUCACUCGAGAUCAUCCCGCUAUAAGAAACUAACACGUUUGUUUCAAUAAAUAUUAGAUUAAUCCAGAGAGUUUACAGAAAGUCUUGGGUUGCCUCCAUAUGAGGUUAAUAGGUGUCGGCAAUGUUUUCUAACAUCAGCACGUCCACCCCCUUCUCUGUGAAGGACAUAUUAAACUUGGAGCAGAGUCAUGGGGACAUGGCUUCCAUGGACAUCAUAUCGUCUCGGAUGGAUUGCGCCCUGCCGACCACGUCCUGCAUGCUGUCCCGCUUCAAGCAGGAGUCCCUCCUGGAGGUUCCGUCCGGAGCCUCGGUGUUCGGAGAAGACCUCCAGGACCCCAAAGUCAGCCGAAGCAACGCACUGAAUGUGGUUUCUUUUUAUGGGAAAUCGUUGAAAGAAAUGGACAAAGAUGGGAAAUCGAACUAUUUCAAGCAAAAGCACAGAGACCUCACUUCUCUAGAUGCCGCGGCGGACAUACGAAAGACCCAAGAGGAGGCUGAGCACCCUAAGCUGAGGAAGCGGAGAAAGCCCAGGGUGCUCUUCUCCCAGGCGCAGGUCUACGAGCUGGAGCGGCGCUUCAAGCAACAGAAGUACCUGUCCGCCCCCGAGAGAGACCAUCUGGCCGGGCUGCUCAAACUCACCCCAACGCAGGUCAAGAUCUGGUUCCAGAACCGAAGGUACAAAUGCAAGCGUCAGAGGCAGGACCAGAGUCUGGAGCUAGUGGGUCUGCCUCCGCCGAGGAGGAUCUCGGUCCCAGUGUUGGUUCGGGACGGUAAAUCGUGCCUGGCAGACACGGUCAACUACAACACCUCGUACAAUAUGGGCAUGAAUCAUUUCAGUUACACCAACUAUCCCACGUUCACGAAUUACCCGAACCCGGGCUGCAACUCAAACUAUGGGUACAGCCAUCAAGCAGCCACAAUGCAAACCAUUCAGGGGUCCUCCGGUAACGGGGGUUACCUGAACUUUGGGGAGCUGAAUAAUGCUCAAAAUACCUUUUCAACCAGUAACGGAGUGCCAUCGUUACAUGGCAUUAGGACAUGGUAAAUAUGAGCACAACAUAAUCAAUUUCAAUGAUCCGAUUCAUUUGCCAAAUGCAUGUGAUUUAUAUUUAUGUCCUUCAGAACAGUGUUUGUUAGAACUUUAAAAGGUAGGCCUGAUUGGUGUUUUUUCUCCAGUAAACCUGCAGAUUUUAGAUUUACGUACAAUUGUGUUGAAUGAAUUGUGUUUGAUGAUGGAAUUAACAUUUAUUUUUUUAAGAAAAGAGCCACAUUAAUUUCCCGACGCCAUUUACACUUCGUUUUUAAGAAAAGGCCAGGAAUGUAUUAGGUCAUGUCUAAGAAAAUAAUUCCACCAUUCGACUUAAAAAAAAGUCUUAGAGCCUUUUUUUAAUGUGUAGGCCUAAAAAUGACUUUGUAUUGUCUUCAUAUAGCCUACACACACCAAGGGUUAUAUAAUAAUUAUCAAUAAAUAGGCCCAUAACUAAUUUAACUAACAUAGGCACUAUAUACGUUUUGGGUAGGAGGCUAUAGCGUAUAAUACCUUAAGGCCUAAUUCAAUUACAUGCCGUAAAAUCCCAUAUGGUUAGUCUCGGGUUAAAGCGUUGAAGUGGCUGUUACCCAACUUCCUUCAACUUGCUCAGAUGGGGCUAAAAGGUUACUUAAGUUUACAAAUAUCUGGAUCGUCGGCACGUAUGCAUUUGGGCCUCAAUGCGGUACUAAAUGUUUUCCUUCUAGAAUUGACAUUGGCGCAUACGUUCAGUGUCCAGGUUUGUGUUGAAAUGGAUUUUGACCCGGAAAACUGUAAUCCGUUUCCGGAGUGGUUUUAAAAGUUGUAAUAAAGGUUAGAGGAUAUUUUUUCUAUGCCAAUAUCUAUUGUUUCAGUUUAUAUUAUUAUAGAAUAUAAUAAGUGCAAGAUUGACAUCGACAUGUAAAAGAUUUGAUCAAUAAAAAAUAACUUUCUUCAUCCUAUUAAUAACUUGCAUGUACUUUUUAAAACUUUUGCUGUCAGGCCCUAUAACUAUUGAUGUAUUACAUUUUUUUGUGGGUUUAGGAAUAAAAAAACCUUUUUAUAUUGUCCUUUGGUAAACAUCAAACUCAAACAAAAUGCUAAAGCUCAAUAACUUAGCAGACGUUUUUAUCCAAAGUGAUAUACAGAAGUACAUUUCUCAGAAGGAAGAUAAACAAUAUAUUGCUGAUGAUACAAUAAAGAUAUUAAUAGAAACAAGUGCCCAGAACAUCACAAUUACUUCUCUUCUAAUAAACUCCUACUAGUCAAACUUUUCUUCAAAUUAAAUCUCCAGAGCAAGAAUAUGGGCGUUUGAUUGACGUGAUCACUUUGCUACAUGCCUGAAUAGUCCAAUUUGCUUUACAUACAGACAAGAGUCUAGCAGAGUGUGUCUACUCUACAUGAACAAGCCAAUUGCCACCACUUUAAACAGACAAGAGCUGUUUAGCCAUCCCCUAAGGCUUAGCCAAUCCAGCCUAGGUAUUGUCCCAUUGGUAAACAUGCAGGUAUAUCAACAACAGCAUUGGGUUUCAGGUCCAAAUACUGUAAUUGUUCAUUUAAAAAAAACAACCUCAACAAUGGGUUACAUCAAUUACAUCUGAAGGCUGUAAGGUCAUUAUAGACUUGCUCCUAUUAGGUGUUGAAAAGGCAAAGACAGAUAGCAGUCACACAAACCUAAAAAUAUCUCUCCCCACACACACACACAGACACACACACACAUGAUUAAUCAGCUUUUCCUGGUGUUAUCUGCAGAAGGACAGGGAGGCAUGGUACUAUUGCGACCAUGCAUAGGUUACUGCCACUGUGGUUCCUAUAACCGUUUUCACUUUGCUGUAUGGACAUCGGCAUUCAACAGCACACUACACGAUGGAGUUGGUAGUACACUGGUAUGGUUUAUUGGUCCAUGUAAGCCUUACAAAUACUGCAGGUUAUAUAAUAACAAUUCAAUUGCAAACAGGGGAUAUGAUAUAUAAAUAAACAUUGGGAUGAUUAUUAAAUAAUGUAAAGCUCCAAUUCUCAAAAAUAAGUAAUUUCUUCAAAUUGGUUAACUAAAUGUAACGUCAAAUAACAGGAUAAUUACAGUGCAAACAAUCACUGUUGGGAUUUUAAAUAGUGAAUACACCCAGAGAUUUUCAAUUAAAGACACUCAAUAUAAGUGUGUUAAAAUAAAAUAGUAUUUAUUUUCGGAUUAUUAUAACGUUAGUAACUAGGGAGAGAAGGGAUUGACAAAAAAUGGAAUAAAGAAAUGAUAUGGUUAACCUUUAAGCUUUUCCUUAUCCAGCUUUGGGCAAUAGAAGGAAAAGAGGUGGAAUAUUAAUAACAAUAUUAAAAUAGAUAUAUUUUAAAACCAGCUAACUCUACUGACAUUCACGGCCCUCAUUCACGGCAAUGCACAGCACCACCAAAAUAAUAGAGAGAACUACAGCUCACUUCCUGCUACUGGGAUAUUUGCGGAGAACACUAAAACCUUAGUGAACCAGUGUGCAAUCAGUGCUUGCUUUUUUGAGGCAAUGGGUUACCGGAGUUUGAUUGAUCAAUAGAUAUCCUACGGAGUACACCUAAACAGCACCACAGGCAUACAGCAGAGCACAACAUUCACAAUGCCAUGCACAGAGUCGGCUCGCUAGCAGCAGUAUUCGAGUAUUCGACUUCAGAUGGGAGGAGAUAUUAAAGCGUUUGGAGUGUGUGUGUG